CGAAAAAGAAGAUGGCGGUGAAGCGAGUGUACACGACGCUGUUGGCGCUGCUCUUCGCCGUUACAGUGCUUAAUGAUUUCGGCACAAAGCACCUAGUGGCGGCGGACAAACCUAAGGCCCGCGCCAGUCAUAUUUUGGUGCCUACCGAGACGGAGUGCGACGAGAUCUUGAAGGAGCUGCAGGCGGCCGACGACCUCGAGUCGACUUUUGCUCGUUUGGCCAAAGAACGCAGCAAGUGUCCGUCGAGUCGCCAGGGUGGGGAUCUGGGGUCGUUCGGUCGUGGCCAAAUGGUCCCCGAGUUCGACACGGUUGCUUUCGAGAAGCCUGUGGGAGAAGUUCACAAAGUCAAGACCCAGUUUGGCUGGCACUUGGUGCUUAUUAACGACCGCUCGGGAAUGGGUGACGAAGUGCUUAGCCACUUGGAUGACGAUGAAGAAGACCAAGAUCGUGAUCUCUGAUUGUAUUGCUGCAAACUGGAACAAAAAGAUAUGGGCAACGACAUCUUACGACAUACGACAUCUCACGACACUGUGCUCUAAGAAAGAAGAAUUGCUCGUCUCGGAAAAAGCUUAAUUCAAAAGUUUACUUGAGAUUUAAAAAAAAUGUUUUCACUAUUUUAAAUUU